AAAACGUGGUCAAACAUUGUAAGCAGACAAUGGUAACCAUAUUAUGGGCUGUCGAGUAUAAUAUUACACUUUGGAAUACUUUAUGCCUUCAUUAUUAAAUGCACUAAUUAAAGUAUGAGAAUUUUCAUUCUAUAGGAGAGUAACUGGAUUACAAAUUUAUUUUGGAUUUAUUUCAAAACAAUUCUAAUGUCAUACAAUAUAUUGGAAUUAACUUGUGUGAAUCAAACAUUUAAUGCUGAGCCAAGCUAAUGCAUAGCAUAUAAACACGGAUAGAAAUAUUAAAGUGUAUGGUAAAAUCGAUCAUGUUAAUUUCGAAUAAGAACUGUAAAUUGUUUGUGUAUUAUUUGAUCGCAUUCUUGAUUAAGUUCUUUCAUCUAAUCAAUAAAUCUGGUGCAUCCAGUGAUAGUUUUUACUUUACUGUCAGUCCAAAUGACCAAGAUGUUGAAGAAGGACAACCAUUACGUUUGAGAUGUGCUGUAACUCCAUCAAAAGAUAUUUAUUACUCAUGGUUACAUAAUGGUACACGUUUACAAUUGGAAAAAGAGAGUGGUCGACGUUACCUUGAAGUGGAUAGUAAUUUACAAAUUUUACAUGCUGAUCGUGAAUUAGAUCCUGGUACCUACCAAUGCCAAGCGUUGAACCGUUCUUCAACUUUCACGACAGCUAGUAGAGAAGCAAAAGUAAACAUUUACUGGAUGGAUCCAGAUGUUCAUGUAUCCUUGAUUAAACCACUACGUUAUGAAGAUAUUCGUUUAGGUGAAGAAGUUGAAUUAACAUGCAAUGUUAAAGCGAAUCCACCAUUAAGUCCAGCAAAUAUUAAAUGGUUUCACAAUGGAAAUGCGCGUUUACCAAAUACAGAAUUUCGAAGUAAUGGAAAUUUACGUAUAGCAGUUUUUGGUAUUGAACACACAGGAAGUUAUCAUUGUCGUGUUAUACAUGCAGCUGGUAAAUUAGACAGCAGGCCACCAUUUUUAAUUCAAAUGACAAAUGACGAUCCCCCAAAAUUAAUUACGGAUUUGGUAAAUCACGAGUUUUCAAAAUUUGUUAUGCGUGGCCGUUCAGUUGAAUUGGAAUGUCCUCAACCAGGUGUACAAAAGUCAGCAGAUUCAAUAGCUCCGAUUACAGUAUGGGGAUUAAUGCCACGUUUAGGAGAGCAACAACAACCUGUAUCAACUUUAAGAGAUAUUCAAUUUGCAGAUCAAGAUACAAAAUUAGUUAUCAGUAAUUUCGAUAUACAUCAUGUGAGCUUUUACACAUGUGAGAUCAGUUGGCCUAAUUCACCAGAUCGAUAUAUUUUUCUUUUUCAAGUUGAACUAGCUGCUCUUUAUUAUCCAAAGCGAUCGGAUUUCUCGCCUCGUUUAAAAAAGAACCAACCAUUUAUUGUUCGAAUCAAUGAAGAUGCAAAUUUACGUUAUUAUUCUGAUGAAUCACCAUCUAACUCAUUUGUUACCGAUCAGAUCUCAAAUCCAACACCAAAAAUUAUAUGGCAUAAAAAAGAUGAGCAUCAAUCAAUUCCUAUUUGGCCUCCAAUUUCGUCAUCUUCAAUGGUAGAUGAAUCAAAGUUGAAUGGUCCAAGACCUAGAAUUUAUGCCUUACGUGGACGUCAUUUAGUAAUUCAUUCUGUUACUGAAUUAGAUUCUGGAUCAUAUGAAAUGAUUUUAACGAAUACUGCUGGUCGUGCAUCUAUUGUAUUUGAUAUUUUAGUUAAUUUCCCACCUGAAUUCUACCAACCAUUAACUCAUGAAGAACAUGCUUUAGACGAAGACAGUUCCAUUACACUAGAUUGUGGUAUUAAAAAGCGUUCAAUUCCAGGAAGUAUUGUCUAUUGGGAAAAAGAUCAACGUGUUUUAGAAAAAUACGCCAAUAGUCUUAUGGUUUUAGAGAAUAAUGGUGAAACUUUACGAUUUCCUGAAUUGAAACCCGAAGAUCAAGGUCAAUACCAAUGUUUCGUUCAAACUGAUGGAUACAAGGAAAGAUGGUCUGGUCGUGAACAAACCUUAAUUGUUAAAGCUAAACUGCAAUUUUUACGUGAAUUUCGUGAACAUUUUCUUGAAAUUAACAUGCAAGGACGAAUACCAUGUAAAGCUAGAGGUUAUGGUACAGUAACUGUUGAAUGGUUUCGUAAAGCUGGUCCACAUUCUAGUGAUUUGCAAAGAAUUCGCCCGCCGAAUCAAGUAGAAGGUGGUACUUUAAUUAUCCAGUAUGUUCAAAAACAUGAUGCCGGUGAUUAUGUAUGUAUAGCCAAGUCAACAUAUAAGGAUGCUCAAAUUAAUAUGACUGUCAGUGUUAUUGUUGGAGAAAAACCUCAAAUAUCACAAAUCAGUGCAAACCAAACAAUUCGCGUCGGUAAUCAAGUUAUACUUAAUUGUCAUGCAUCAGGUGAUCCACAUCCGCAAAUUAGUUGGAUAGUUAAAAAACCCGGUUAUAAAAUUCCAAGUGUUUAUACUCCAUUAGUUGAUAGUGAAUUACUAAUUCCCCAAUCUACUGAUUUAUCUGAUUCAAGUCGAUCAGUUGAUAAUCAUUUACAAGAACAACAAUUUUUGCAACCACCACCGUCUAGUUCAAGUUCUUCAUCAGUUUCGAUUGAUCAUAAUUUAAACAGUGCAUCUAGUGCAGAUGCUGUUGUAGCUGCUAUUUCAAGAAAUAUGCAAACAAAUGGAGGACGUAUAACAGCAUUUUCAAAUGGUAGUUUAAUUAUUAAACAAGUGCAUUUAUCAGAUCAAGCUGAGUAUAUAUGCGUUGCUGGCAAUAAACACGCUAUCAAAACUCGUCAAGGAGUAUUUGUCAGAGUACUCACUCCGGAAGAAUAUACUCGACAACAGCUUGGUGAAGAUGGUACAAAUACUGGCAUGAUGAAAACUAUUUUUAUAGUAGUUGGAUGUGCUGUUGCCUAUUUAGGCUUAAUUAUUGGAUUAACAACAUUCUGUAGUGUUCGUAUGGUACGUACACGACGUAACCGAUCACGUAAGAGUGGUGGCAAGUUACAUGAAAAUGGUCAAUUACUUAAUCCUUUGAAUGAUCCUAGUAAUCCGAAUGGUGGUAAAAGAGGAUCACAAGGAAGCGGCGGGGGUGGCGCUGGAACUGGUAGUAUGGAAUGCGGUUUAUUAAUAGGAGGCGGUUGCACAUCAGGGAUAAAUACAACUGCAAAUGCAUCUCUUAGCCAACUACCUCAUUAUGGUCGCCCCGUGUUGACUAGUGCAUCUGGCACACGAAGUGGAACAAGUUAUCCUGAUAGUGGUACUUUACCACAUCCUUUAUUGUGUACAGAGCCUGGGGCAAAUCAAAGGCCAAAUAUUUCAGUAAAUGAUACAAAAUGCUGGUGGCCUAUAAGUGACAAUGCAUAUUAUGGACAAAACGAUGCUCAGGCCAAACUACUACAGUCAGCCGGUGCUUCUGGACCAAUAGACGGAUUUGCUAAUCCUUUGACAGAUAUUGGAGAUCUUAACGGUCACUCAUAUGUACAUGGACACUCUAUGAUGAGUCCGUCAUGUAAUCUUAUGUUUUCGGCGCAUAAAGGCACUAGUACGGGUGUGGCUAGUAGUACAAUCGCUACAACUACAUCUGAAUCACAUCUUGUUUCUGCACCGCCACCAACUCCACUUGAUUCACGAUCACAUUUUAGUGGAGUAUCUUCUGGUAAUUCAACUAGCUUGUACUCUCGUUCCCUUUUAAGUGGUGCUUCUAAUUUCGGAUCACCUCCCAAUCAAAUGUCUUCACAUGUGAAUAGCUUGAAUCAAUAUGACCAGUCAAAUGCAUUACACACUAUUAGUCAAACAGAUCGUAUGAAUUAUCCACGCUGUGAACUACAAAUGGAAGGAAUUCUAGGGAAAGGUGAAUUCGGUGAUGUAUUCUUGGCUCGUGCUCGCCAUAUACAAGAAGGUGAAGCCCAAUCCUUAGUAUUAGUCAAAUCAUUGACUUCAUGUGAUUCAGUACAUAUUAAUGAGUUUCAUCGUCAAUUAGAAUUGUUUGGUCAGUCUGAUCAUGAUUAUGUUACACGUUUAUUAGGGGUAUGCAUGGAACAAGAACCAUUCUAUAUUUUGUUAGAGUAUUGUGAAUGGGAUUAUAUUACUAAUGAUUAUAAUUGCUCUCUCGAUUGGAUAUUUUUGUUAUUUCAACUCCUUGAAUAAUUUCUUUUCUUCAUUUAUUUACUCACAACUUUUGUGAGUAAUAACAAAAUUAAUUCAUUAAUAAGUCAUUUAUUUACCCCGGUUUACUUAUUUUCAAAGGAUCCAUAUGUAUUUUCACUUUCAUUAUAAUGCUUAACAUCUGUAUUCAAUAGACUUAAUUCAUCUGUGAAUAAAUGGUGUCAAAUCUUUUUUUCCUACAAAUUGUACAUUUCAUGCUAUAAAAUUGAUGCCAAUACUAUUACUGAUAAUAAUAAUAUUAAUAGUGCAUAUCAUAUUGCAGCUCUCUUUUUUUUCAUUAUCAAUACUGUAUCAUUGUCAGAAAUAUGCAUUUUAAUUAUCUACAAAUAAACAUGCUUUCCUUCUGUAUGCAUUAUACAAUGCAUCUCUCUGUUUUCAUUCUGGCCACGUUUUGUUUGUUUUUUGUUUAGGUAAAGAGUUCAGCUUUAUUUGUCAUUAUAUAUAAUAAAACACAUGUGUUGCUUCUUUUUAUGCCAUUUCUACACUUAUCUACUGUAUUCUCUUUUUUUUCAAUAUCCUGUUUACCAAAACAAUAAAACAGAAAGAAAUCAUACUGUUUUUUAUAGGAAUAAAUUUUCAAAUAUUUAUCAUUCAUUGAAGAAAUGUUCAUAUUCUUUUUAAUUGUUUUCAUCCUUUCUUUUUCCAUGGCUUUUGUUAUUACCUUAUUAUUGUAUAACCCAUCUCACAUUAUAAGUAAUCUUGGUUGCAUCAUAACCAUAUUAUUCUUCUAUAAUUUUGUUUACAGUUUAUUUCCAUUUCUUUAGAAUAUAUUUAUUAACACUGACAAAAAAUUUAUUGUUUAUUUAGCAUUUUGAAUUAUCUUUUUAAUUAAAUACUUUUUCUUUUGUCUUUAUUCUCUUCAUUUUCUGUAUAUUACAUAACAAUUACUGAAGAUUGGUGAAUGAAUGAAUAAAAAAAUUGAUAGGGUUUCUAGAAAAAGAAUCAAAUCAAAUAUAUAUAUUACUUCACCUAUGAUGAUCUCAGUUUAUCUUUCUUCUUUCUGUAUUUCAGCAAGUUUUCUUUCUAAAAUGAAAUCGAGAUGAAAAUCAUAAUUCAUUAUUACUAUUAUUAUUAUUGUUAUUGUUAUAUUGUUACUAAUAAUUUACAAAUAAAUUGCUUUUGUUUACUCAUUUAUUAAAAAUAAACACUAUAGUAAAACACAAAUGACUUAAGAGAUGAUAUAGAACUAUAUGUACAAUAAAAGCAAAAUGUUUUGUG